AUGGGAAGUGAUCCAAAGAUGAAGAUGAAGAUCAAUAUAAAGAAAUCAUCCACUAUUCCUCUUUCAGAACCCAUUGCAGGGAGAUUGGAUAGAGAUGAGAUCGACCAAAUCGUGAUUAACUGUAACAUAGAGGGAGUUCUAUUUAUAGAGGCGGAGUUGGAUUCCAUGUUGGAUACCUUUGGUGAGUUCACGUCAUCACCGGAAUCCGCCGCCUUACUCCGUCUAUUGAUUACCCUGACGAAAUUUCUUCCUAUCCACUAUUGUUUGCACAGGGUUGGAGAUGAAGAAAGGGUAUUAAAGGUGACUUUUUCAGGAGCAUGUUGUUUGGAAGAUACUUUGGCUGGUAAAGGAUAUUUUCUGUGUAAAUUUUUAUCUGUAGAAGAUGAAAGUGAAAUCAUGAUGGUGGUUGUAGAUGGUGAUAUAAGGUGGCAGACGGUGGUUUAA